AUGAACGGCAGCAACAGUUACUUUAAUUUUGUGAUCAUGUGGCAAAGCAGUAAGAUAUCUGCAAUGUAUUUCAUGGACAAAGAUUCCAAACUGUCUAACUUAUUUCAACAGGCAAGCAGUCCUACAACAGGAACCGCUCCCAGGAGUCAGUCACGGUUGUCUGUCUGCCCUUCCACUCAGGACAUUUGUAGGAUCUGUCACUGUGAGGGAGAUGAUGAAAGUCCCCUCAUCACACCAUGUCGCUGCACAGGGACCCUGCGCUUUGUUCAUCAGGCCUGCCUGCACCAGUGGAUCAAGAGCUCAGACACACGCUGUUGUGAACUCUGCAAGUACGACUUUAUAAUGGAGACCAAGCUCAAACCUCUUCGGAAGUGGGAGAAACUACAGAUGACAACAAGUGAGAGGAGGAAAAUAGUUUGUUCAGUCACAUUCCACGUAAUUGCAAUUACCUGUGUUGUUUGGUCAUUGUAUGUUUUAAUUGAUAGAACCGCUGAGGAAAUUAAACAAGGCAAUGAUAAUGGUGUCCUUGAAUGGCCGUUUUGGACAAAACUCGUUGUGGUGGCCAUUGGAUUCACAGGGGGCCUGGUCUUCAUGUACGUGCAGUGUAAGGUUUAUGUGCAGCUGUGGCGCAGGUUGAAAGCCUACAACAGAGUCAUCUUUGUUCAGAACUGCCCAGACACCGCCAAAAAACUGGAGGAGAAGAACUCUUUGAGCACUCAGAGCUCGGACGUCAAGGACGCGGUGGUGGUACCAGUAGCACAGACAGGUACAAACUCUCAGCCGGCAGCUGAAGAAACAACAUCUGAGGUCAUGCCAGUUUGA